CAGAGAAGUCGCUAACCAUAGAGACGUUAUUUCCACCGACUGAACUUGCUCUAUCCAUGGACGGGGGUCGUCUUGACAGUACAACACUAAGCGUUGUGAAUGCAAAUAACGUGUCCAUAGAGUGCACAAGCGACGGCUACCCACCUCCAACCAUACGCUGGGAAUAUGGGUUAAAUAUAUACAAUGGAAUCUUGCUAACCCUUACCAACAUCCAAGCGACCGAUGCGGGAAUAUAUAUUUGCGUUGUUGAAAACACGAUGACCCCUACGUUUGGACCAGAAACUAUCGGGCGGUCUAACCUAUCGAUACAGUUAGUCGUACAAGAUGCCCGUUCUAGCUCUUUACCAACCUGGGAUCUUCUGUUUUCGCUAAUUGGUGCUGGCUGUGGAUUGUUGUUGCUCGCAGCAAUAGUACUUGCAUUCGUUUGCAGAACACGGAAAAUACGAGAAAUCCCAGUGGCGAACAAAAGAAAUGUUGAAUUACAACCAUGGAAAGAACGGAAACGAGUGGAAGAUUUUGACGACGUUGUGGAGAAUCCGAUGUACAUUUCUGCAGACGAUGUUUUGGCGCAUGAGCAUUCAUCGUCUCAGGACGAUGUUGUGGAGAACCCCAUGUACAUUUCUGCGGAUGAUAUUGGACAGAGGAAAGUUGCACAACAAGCAAACGCGAACGGUCAAGUGGGACAAACCAAAAUUUACAGUAUUCCAUAUGAUGUUCAUAAGGUCGACAAUGUUGUUGAUGAAGUUUAUAACCACUAUGCAGAGAUAAUCGACUAGUUGGACGUACCUAAGACAACCUCAAAAUCAUCGCAGCGGCUAGUUCUCCGUAACCACAAGUUGCAAUGUUAUCCGUCACCAAAUGUGUAUCGUUCGUUUGUUACCACAAGCAUAUCAGCUGGACGUUACCACAAUUGGCUUCCCGCAAGCACUUACGUAUUCGUUUCCCGUAAAAAAAAAACAAGUCAGUUAUUAGCAAUCACAGGUGCAUCAGUAUUUAAAGCAGAUCGGAUAUCUGUUACCACAGGUCUUCUUUUUGUUUUCUGUAACCACAAGUAACAUCAUCCAUGAUCCGGAAUGAUUUGUGUUUGUAACGUAAUACACCGUAAUUCGACUGGGUGUAUUUUUUUACGGUAUAAUACUGUUUACAUACAUUUUGUUUACUCAAAAAUGAUAAUAAAAAAGCAACAAAUGGAUUGCAUACGUGUAUAUUAAUAUAACUUUUGUUCAACUAUCACCAUCAAGGUUAGGAGGUAUGUAGCAGAUUCAAUAUUCGGAACAUGUUAUAUCUAUACGCAGAGAUUUGGUCAUACUUUUUCUGUUGUAUAUGUGAAUCUAAGAGUAUUACCAAGUGUUGCUAUGGUAUCAAACGAUUCGAGAAAUUUCAAUGGAAAAAAUUGUUUGCGCUUGUCGAUUUUUCCAAACAUUAUUGCUGACAGGUAUACACUUAAGCACUGAAAUUAUCAUAAUAAUGUAAAUAUUGUAUCACAGUUUUUCAUGAAAUGGACAAUGAUUAGCAUGAGUAAACUGUUUUAAAGCAAUUAAUUUUUGGAACAAAAAUAUCUGACAUAAUUUGUUAACGUAGAUACACAUUGGUAUUUCGUGACAGUGAAAAUAUAUUGUAUGUACAAGAAUCAUUCAUAACUAUUUCGCAGCAUGAUGAGACUAAUAUGUGUCUCCUAAGACAGGUGUUGAACUCGAGUUUAGCGGUAAUUUUUUUGUUUGUUUUUGUUAUUAGAAGUUUGACAUAUUUUGUACAAAAGUUCUAAUACUGACUAGGUUUUUGAACAAUUUUAAAGCAUUUGAGUUGAUAUCAAAAUGACAAUUUCGUAAGCAGCAACAAUUGAACUAUUUUAUUAAGCCUUAAACAAUGACCCCGCCAAAUGUAUAGCAAUGUUGCAAUUUACGGGUCGGAAAGUUAUUUACAUUCUAAAGUUAAUAUCUGCGCGUCACGUCUGUCUUAUGGUGGAUUUGUAAUGUUCAUAGUAAAAAUUGUGACAUUAUUCACGAUUUUUGAAAAAAAAUCUAACCAAUAUGAAACAGUAUAAUAUCAAAUUUGAUGAAGCUUUUAUUUCAUUUUUAUAAUUGUUCACAAACGCCUUUUAAUGCCGUGAAUAAAUUAUAGAUGAAGAGUAAUACAAACUCUAAAAAGACAGCUUCUGUCUAUAGCUAACGCGCGGCUUUGUUUAUUCUAAUGCAUUUAAUUUGUGUAUUUACUAAUUUGUUAUGAACUUGUGGUCCCGCGCAACGAUUUAAUGUGACUUUUUAUAAUUGAACUUAAUAAUAAUUUCGUUAGUCGGUCACCUUUCUUUGAGUCGUGUCUGUUGUAAGAAAUGUUGUUCAUGAAGUUUGUGUAUAUGUGUGCCUAGUUCUAUAUCGCACUGAUGUUGUCAUAAGUAAGGAACGCGUGUUACAAUGUGGUAUUCUUUUUGCUGAUUCUGCUAAGGGUUCACUCUGUUGUUGCUGUUUUUUGUAAUUCGUCGGAAUGUAUUUUUCUUAUUAGACGCACAUAAAAACACUAGUUACAUUAUGCAUGAUUCACAUAAUAUAUUACUUACUAUUACUAGUUCUAAAUAUAUUUGAUUGGUUGCUAAUCACUUUCAUAUGCCACUACUUUAUUUUGGAACCAAGUUAAUUGUGUUCCAUUUGCCUUACAAUUAUUAAAUACUAGUAAUUCAGUUAUGAGGUAAUUGUCAGUUAUGGAAAUUUGACAUAGUAUAUGAUCGCAUUAUUUAAUAUUAUGUCACAUUAUGGUUAGAAAUUGUAGGUAGAAUAUGUGGGUUUACCUCAUGUAAGAAAUAUUGAAAAUUUUAUCAAAAGGGCCAGUAAACAUGACGGUCACAAAGUGCACAUAUGUUCAAAUAAGCUUAUCGAUUAGGUAGAGAUUAAAGAAUAGUAUAGUUGACACAAGGCCGGGUAUGUUUGUAUUGGUCAGGCAAAAGUGUUUAUUCAGUUAAAUCUCUCAUCAAAAGGUUGGAUAAAGCUUGUUAAUAUUUGGGUGGUUUGUUUAUCCCGUUCCCAGGGCUUCAUUGAUUCAGUAUCUUAAGUAAUCCAUCCAACCAGAAACAAGCACGUAUAGAACACUGACCAAUGGGAUUCAUAACUGAGUUUCACGGGUCAGGUGUUAGAGGGAAACAAGACAGUUAGCGUUUAGACUUGGAGACGUACGGAUCGAGAAAGAUACGAUCAUGUAGCAAUCACAACGUAUUUGUAUAACUGAAAAUAUUAAGUAUGUUAGACAUUAAAUUGGACUAGAAACUGA